AUGUCGUCUGACACAAUGUCGGACUACUCCCACGAUGACGAGCACGAUCCCCAAACAGAUGAGCUCCGCGAGACCGCCUUGGUGACGCUGGAGGCAUUGAUCAGCUCCUGCAGCUCUCAGAUGCAAAAGUACCUCCCAAAUACCAUAAAUUCCGCCUUACGAUAUUUAAAGUACGACCCCAAUGUUGCCGAUAACGAAGAAGACGAGGAAAUGGGCGGUACACAGGACGACGGAUCCGACGACGACGCUACGGAGGAGCCUGACAUGGACGAUGACGAAUUUGAGGAUUUUGAGGAAGAAGGAGGCUACAGUGACAUAGAUGAUAUGAGCUGGAAGGUCCGUCGAUGUGCCGCGAAGCUUCUGUACGCUGUUAUUUCCACCUAUGCACGAGGUCGUGCCUUGGAUGAUGCAUCCUUGUAUCAACAGAUAGCGCCUGCUGUUGUCACUCGCUUCAACAAAGAGAGGGAAGAAAGCGUCAAGCUCGAGCUGGUCUCUACAAUGGACGCCCUUGUACGUAAAACUGGAGAAGGCUCGAUGAUAAUAACUUCCAAUGGAUUUUUGGAAUCUGUUGGAAGUGGAUCCAAGAUCUCCAGAAAGAGGCGACGUCAAGACAGUGAUGCGAGCAUGAUCGACUUUGAACCCAGCAUUGGUACUACGUCCGCUGCAGGCACCCCACUGGCCGCCCCGUCGUCUCCAAAAUCGGGUCCGCAGUCAGAAUUAGCAAAUGCCUUACCUGUUAUCAUUCGGAGUCUGGUCAAGAUGUGGAAGCAGGCGUCUAUCCCGUUGAAACAGGCCAUUAUUGUCCUGCUCAAGAGCUUGGCGCUUGUUCGUUAUGGUGGGCUCGCAGACCACCUCCAGCAGAUUGAAGAUCCGAUUGCGGAUGUGCUCAAAUCUUCGUUGUCCGGCGGUUCCUCCGUGUCCGUUGGAGUUUCUGCGAGUGCAGGCACACUGCAGAUCGAAACUCUCGGCCUCAUUUCUGCGGUUUCCGAAACACAUACUUCUGAUGCUCUUCUUCCGUUCCUAAUCGCGUUGAUUCCCGGUGUCAUAGGGGCAGUCAAUGAUAGGAACUACAAGGUGAGCAGUGAGGCACUCGCGGCAGUAGAGCAAAUUGUAAAGGCGCUCACUCCACCUCGGGUUGUCACUGCUUCACCAGACCUUGUUUCACAGCUGGAAAAAUUAUAUGAUGUCAGCCAUAAUCGCAUCACUGAUACGAGCGCUGACCUUGAGGUUCGACAGCGAGCCAUCCACGUUCUUGGUGUCCUUCUUGCCCGAACAUCAGGCGAACAAGGCUCGUCAUUCCUCUCAUCGCAGUACCGACCCAAAGGACUCGCAACUUUAGUCGACCGCCUAAAGAAUGAAACCACACGACUCUCCGCCGUUCGUGCAAUCGACGACGUGGCUGUGCUUUGCUCUCGGAAGGAGGAUGUGGAUUCUACCUGGGUGCGCGAAGUGACCGCUGAACUUGGGGCACAGCUGCGCAAAUCGGAUCGCGUCCUCCGCAGCGCCAGCUUGGAGACUCUCCGUAGCCUCUCGAUGAAUUUCAAUACAAGAGCUCAUUAUGAUGACAACACCAUGAAAGGCCUUGAAGACAACCUUAUCCCCCUCAUCAGUGUGGAUGAUUUCCAUUUACUAGCUCCAUCGCUUAUCAUUGUGGCAAAACUUGUCCCGGGAAAUGCGCAGCUUCUUGUCAGCGAUGCCCUGGUGUCGGCAAUUUGCUCCAUAGUUCGCACAUCGCUCGCUGGAACUGUCCUAAAAGCCUUGCUAUUGCUCGUUAAGGUCAUAGGAGAGGAGGAAAUUGGGUCGACUCUGAUGCAUAAUCUUUUACAGGUUGUUGGUGUCAAUGGGGAUACGUCUGUUGUCGGGCGAGCCAUCGGCACGCUUUUGGUCCAUGGCGGUUCAAAAGUAGGUGUACGGAUGGAGGACUUCUUAUCUGAGUUGCAGAAGACACAAGAUUCUCAGCGUCAAUGUCUGUCCCUCGCUAUCUUGGGCGAAUCUGCUCUUCGAAUGAGCACCAGCUGCUCGUUGACUCCUGAGGUGUUCAUACCUCAUUUCAGCUCGAAAUCCGAGAAUGUUCGCAUGGCUUCAGCCACUGCGCUAGGAAACGCAGCAGCCGGCAAUGUCAAAGCUUAUCUUCCAACCAUUUUGAGCGGCCUGGAAAAGUCCGAUCCUCAAAGCUACCUUCUUCUACACUCCGUAAAGGAGUUACUUCAGCAUCCUGAGAUGAUCAGGCAGGACCUGGCACCUUCUGCCUUGAACCUCUGGCAAGCUUUGCUCGUCGUAUCCAAGGAAGAAGAUAAUCGUGCAGUCGGCGCUGAAUGUGUUGGGCGAUUGGCUUUGCUCGACCCUCCUGCUUACAUCCCGCAGUUCCAAGAAUACCUCUCGAGCGGGGAUGCGGGGAUCCGUAGCAUUGUGAUAUCUGCAUUCCGCUACACCCUUUCCGACUCUCGGGAUACCUUCAAUGACGUCCUAAGGCCUCUGAUUGUGCCACUCCUAGUCAACAUGCUCAGCGAGCGCGAUUUAGGAAACCACCGUCUCGCGCUGACAACUCUCAACUCCGCUAUUCACAACAAACUAGCGCUCAUUCUCCCUCACCUAGGCGAGCUCCUCCCUGCUGUUCUCGGGGACACGCAAAUCAAGCCAGAACUUAUUAGAGAGGUUCAAAUGGGUCCAUUCAAGCACAAGGUCGAUGAUGGACUCGAAUUGCGUAAGACUGCAUACGAGACUAUCUAUGCAUCUCUCGACACUUCUUUUUCUCUCUCACACCUCUCCGAAGUCUACGGCCGCAUCCUCGCCGGAAUAGAUGACGAGCAAGACAUCCGCACAAUCUCCAACCUCAUGACCUCAAAACUCAUCACCCUUGCUCCAGAAGAAACCCAGAGACAGCUAGAUACGCUCUCCGAGCACUACACGACCGUACUAUCCUUCAAGCCUAAGGACAAUGCCGUGAAGCAGGAAAUCGAGAAGGCGCAGGAGGCGUCGACGGGUGUUCUUAAGAUUACACGCGAAUUAUCCAAGGCGUUCCCCGGUGCGGAGGCGUCUGGUGAUCAUCAAAAGUGGAAAACUUAUAUGGAGUGGGUUCGUGGGCAGUUUAGCACCCAAUUGAGUAACCUGGAACACGAGUUUUAG